UCAUGUUUGGGUGUGAAAAAGUGUGUGUGUCUGUGUGUUUCAGUAUCAGAUCAGACUCAGAGGAGCUGCUGAGCAGACCGAUGAAGAGUCUGGAUGAAAACCUUUAUGUAAAGUGUUAAAAAUGCGCUUUUAUGAGCCGUCGAGGAGCUGAAGAUGAGGUUUAACGAGAAGGAGCUGGUGUUUCUCAGCCGCCAGCCCACACUGAGAGCGGCCGAGCUCGGCAUGAGAGGCCCGAAGAAAGGCGACGUUGUAAAGAAGCGUUUGGUGAAACUUAUUGUUAAUUUCCUGUUUUACUUCCGGACCGAUGAGGACGAGCCCAUCGGCGCUCUGCUGCUGGAACAGUGUCGUGUGGAGAGAGAAGAUCUUCAGGUUUUCUCUAUCGUGUUUUUAGACGAGGCGGAGCGGAAAUAUCUGUUUGAAUGUGACUCUCAGGAACAGUGUGUCGAGUGGAUCGAUGCCAUCAUUAAAGCCAGUUAUGAAUUCAUGCGCAAAAACCUGAUCUACUACCGCACAGAAAUCCAUCGGCUGACGGGCAAGGAUCCACUGGAGCAGUAUGGGAUAUCAGACGAAACCCGCUUUCAGGUCAACAGCGCUCUUCCUCCUCUCCCUCCUCCUCCUCCUCCCACAUAAACAUCUGCGUCUUCUGUUCAUAUCAAACACUGUCCAUUCUGCAGUCUUGAUGUCUUUAAUGUGGGUGAAUAUGUUCUGUUAUUACUGUAAUGAAUGUCUGCUGAGUUUGAGCCAAUUAAACAUGAUUCCUGAUAUUAA